AAUAUAUUAAUAAUAAGUAUUAUAAGAAUUAGCUUUAGUUUAGGUAAAGAAAUCGUUACUUUAAGUAUAAUAAAAAUAAAGACGUAUUUUAGAACGAUAAUUUUUUAUAUUCUAUUCGUUAAUACCCUAUUUCUCUUAUAUUUAAAAAAUAUAAAUUAA